AUGUCGACAGAAGGUGGAAAGCCUGCCGCCGGCGCAAGUGACGCGGCCGGCUCGUCGUCGAAACCGCCGCAGAACGGCCAGGCCAAUGGCCAAGCCAAGGAUGCUCCCCCAGGAGCUGCUGCCGCAUCUGGAGCUGCUGCCGCAUCUGGCGCUGCUGCUCCGGCAGGCGAGAAGAAGCUCUCUGGCGCUGAGCUGAAGAAGAAGCAAAAGGAGGAAAAGGCCGCACGACGUAUGCAAGCCAAGGCGGCACAGACGGCCGCCGCACCACCAGGUGCUGCCGCAGCGGCUGCUGCUGCCGCCGCCGCCAAGGGCAAGGGCAAGCAGGACGGCGGCGCAGGCCCUCACGGAAACAAGAUUGCGCUCAAGGUCGUGCCAAAGGCGCCGUCCAAGCCCAAGGCGACGGUGCCCGUGUGCUUCAGCCACCUGUCCAUGGCGAAGCGCAUGAACAUUACCCAGGCGGACAAGGACGUGCACCCGGUCAUCCUGCAGCUGGGCCAGCAGAUGAGCACCUUUGCCAUUUCCGACAGCAUCACAAGAGCAGAAGCCACGCUGCUCGCCUUUAAAAAGGUCAUUGAAUCAUACACAACCCCCCAUGGCGCCACCCUCUCCCGCCAUCUCACAUCCGUCGUGCUCAAGAAUCAGAUCGAGUACCUCACCGCCUGCCGCCCCAUGUGCUUCUCCAUGGGGAACGCUAUCCGCUGGCUGAAGCUGCAAAUCUCCAAGAUUGACAUUGACCUGCCCGACGCCGACGCCAAGACGCAGCUGUGCGAGGCCAUUGACACGUACAUCAACGAGCGCGUGACGCUCGCCGACAUGGUCAUCGUCAAGACGGCCGCCGACAUGCUCACCGACGACGACGUCGUCGUCACCUACGCCCGGCACCACCUCGUCGAGCGCGCGCUGCUGCGCGCCCGCGCCGACGGCAAGCGCUUCCGCGUCGUCCUCGUCGACGACCCCUUUGAGCGUGUCGGUCUCGCCCACGCGCAGCGCCUCUCGGCCGCCGGCAUACCCGUCGCCUACUCGCACGACCUCGGCGCCCUGCGCACCAACCUCCAGGCCGCCACGUGUGUGCUCGUCGCCGCCGAGGCCAUGUUCAGCAACGGCGCCGUCUACGCGCGCGCCGGCACCUGCGACAUUGCCACGGUCGCGCGCGAUCUGAGCCUCCGCGUCGUCGCCCUCUGCGAGAGCAUCAACUUCACCGAGCGCGUCUCGGCCGACUCGCUCACGUACAACGAGAUUGACCCGGAGCGCAACUCGAGCGAGGCCUUUCGCCUGCUGUUCGACACGACGACGGACAAGUUCAUCUCCAUGGUGGUGACGGAGCUAGGCAACAGCUCGGCCAAGUCGGUGCCGGCGAUUCUGCGGAAGCUGGAAGAGCUGUAG